AUGCCUCGACUCGAGUCCAGCGGGGACAUGCCCCUCGAAGAGACGUCACCUUCUCUCUGGUCUCGCUUCCGCGGCCGGCUCAAAGGAGCCUUCAGCGGUGCAGACCCCCGAGUCUGUAUCGCUUUCUGGCUGUUUGGUUUGUCAAAGACGCAAAUGAAACUCAUAUAUCACGUCACUAACCCAAUCUUCCGAGCAGGCCUUAUCAAUAAUGUCCUCUACGUGAUCCUUCUCUCCGCAGCUCUAGAUUUGGUCGGUCCAGAUGUUCCCAAAGGUGUCGUUCUCCUGGCAGACAUUAUCCCGGCAUUCGCGACCAAACUGAUCGCGCCAUACAUCAUCCACCUGGUCCCUUACUCCCUCCGAGUCAUUGUUUUCGUAUUGCUGUCGGUCCUCGGCAUGCUGGUCGUUGCGAUGAGCCCAAGUUAUACGAAAGGCGGUGCCAUUGCGUCCAAGAUUGCCGGUAUAGUCUUGGCCAGUCUCUCUGCUGGUGGUGGUGAGCUGAGCUUUAUGGGUCUUACUCAUUACUAUGGCCACUUCAGCUUGGCUGCUUGGGGUAGUGGCACUGGUGCUGCGGGCUUGGUCGGUGCUGGUGCUUAUGCAUUGGCUACAAACACACUAGGGAUCUCAGUUCAUGCUACGCUAUUUGCGUCUGCUUUCUUGCCGGCUGUCAUGAUUGUGAGCUUCUUUUUCAUCCUACCCCGAGAACCUCUGCGUGCGGCAUCUCCGGAUGACUAUCUUUCCGUGGAAAGAGGUGAGCACCCGGGUACCGAUGAUGGGGAUGAAGAGGUUCAAGACACUGGGCGUGAAGAGUCGGAAGGACUCCUUAGUGUAUCUGCUCAUUCAGAUACGCUGAAAUCCGUUCAAGUCGACUCUCAGGCGAUCGGGUGGGACCAUAUGCAGACGAACCUAAGGCGGCUAGGAAAACUAUUUUUCCCUUUCAUGCUUCCUCUACUCCUAGUGUUCAUUGCCGAGUAUGUGAUCAAUCAAGGUGUUGCCCCAACACUCCUCUUCCCUAUAUCUGCAAGCCCUUUCAAGGACUUCCGAUCCUUCUACCCGGCCUACAAUGCCAUCUACCAGGCCGGCGUCUUUAUCUCACGCUCUUCAACUCCAUUUUUCCGUGUGCACUGGCUCUACGUCCCCUCUAUCCUACAGGUACUAAACUUGGUCCUGCUGAGCCUGCAUUCCAUGUUUAACUUUAUUCCUAAUGUCUACCUCGUCUUUCUUGUGAUCUUCUGGGAGGGCUUGCUUGGUGGCCUUGUAUACGUCAACACUUUUGCUGAGAUCAGUGAUCGCGUCCCGGAAGAAGAGCGGGAGUUCUCACUCGGUGCGACGACUGUUAGUGACUCGGCUGGCAUUUGCAUUGCUGGAUUCCUCAGUAUGUCGUUGGAGAUUGCUUUGUGCAGGUUUCAGAUGUCCCAUGGUAGGGAAUACUGUCGAAUGGUAUAG